GUCGCCGCAUCCGUCGACGAGUCUCUUGAUAUCGGCGAAGGCAACGAUGCUUUUACCGGCAACCGAUGGAACUCGAAUCCAUCAGCUCCGGCGAGCCGCCCGCUUACCGGCGCUCCACACCAGAUUUCUCCCCAGAGCCUUCAGAAAUCACAGAGGCAGGCCGAAUAUCCACCUCAACAGGCCGCGCAGCCGCAAAUGCCGUCCGGAUACCCACCCCAACAGCCCGUGCAGCCGUACAUGCCAGUUGGACAAGGGCCAGUCGACCGUCUCGUACCCUCGGACGCGGUCGCCAUGUCCGACAAACGUGAAGAGGUCCGCAAGGUCUUUUGGCCGGAAAUCAAGUCCUGGAUGGCCUCGGACACAGCCCUGCAACAGUUCGCCGCCCCUUGCCCCAAAUGCUCAACAUCCAUGACCGCCACGCCCGGCCAGAACUCGAACCGGGCCAUGGUUCUCGUCUGCGGCCAUAUCCUGUGUGAAGCAUGCGUCAAACACAUUGUAAAUCUCUACAACGUCGGUCAACCCAAGUGCCCCUACUGUACGGGCUUGAUUGGCCCUUACUCGCAGUGCGCUCAGAGCUGCCAAGAUCUAGGCAUGGUGGGGUUGCCUUUGCCUAGGACCAUGGCAGAGCUCGACAAGUUCCCUCUCACCACCCCCGAGGGCGCCUCCCGCCCUUCGUGCUGCUUCAGGUGCCGCGCUCUGCGCGUCGAGAGAGCGACCAAUUCACUGAUGAGAGCCAUCCUCAGCGAGACCAGGUCUCGCGCAGUUUGGGCUCCCAGGUACGACCACAAACCGGAUGGGAAAGACUACAGCGAUUACAAGCGAGUACCCGCGCUGGAUAACAUUAUGAAGCAGAUUCGAGACAUUGCGCAUAGUGAUUAUAUCUAUCAGAAAUAUACUUGGCUGACGCCGACCGCUGAACAGAAGAAGCAGGAUGCCUGGGUGGAGAUGCUGGACACCGGGCGUCAUGUCUCCUAAGAGUCCUAUAGGUUUGCACAUGCUGUAAAUCGUCAAGUACGCGUGAGGGUCGGGUAGGCUAGGUGGCGAACCAAAAGGGAUGAGUCAAUGGGACAUGGCAGGAAAACAGAAGCUCAGGAUUGACUCAGCAUAUGCACCAGAGACCAUAGCAAGACUACCUAGACUAGACUGAAAGGAAUCUGACUAGCA